AUGUCACCUCUCACCCUCGUCCUAACCCUGACAACCCUCCUCCUCACCUCAGCAUCCGCAUCCGCCCAAGACGAAGGCCUCAUCUCCAUCCUCCCCUCCUACCCACCACCCCCAGAACCAACCUGCACAACAAUCAUAACCCACCCACCCGGCUGCUGUCCCGCCCUCCCCGCCCACACCACAACCAGCUACACAGCCUGCGGCCCCUGCGCCCUCGCCAUCACCACCGCCGGCCCCAUGUGCAUGAUGUACUGCGGCACAUCCACACGCACGGACCCCUCCAAAACCACGACCAUCACCGCCUGCGCGCCGUCGUUCACGACCAGCUGCACCAAGGACGUGCCGUGUACGAAGACUGUGACGGAGAGGAACCCUUUCCCCUGUGGGGAUUGUGGGGUUGGGAGUGUCGAUGUUACGACGGGGGUGGAUUGUGGGGGUUGUGGGUUGGCGACGGUGACGGAGGAGGGGGGUGUGGGCGUUUGUGUUUGUCCGACGGAGAGGGUCACGAGGGUUGUUGGUGUUUGUGUGGAUGCUGUUGUUACGGGGGUUUGA